ACCAGGACCACACUUGAAUCAGAUUUGACCCUCAUCAUCAACGAAUUUAGACACACAUAUCGCUUUCUUUUGACGCAACGUCGAGCUUCCAACUUCACCGCACCUUCUGCCUCACCAAUCGCGCCACAUCAAUUCUACUGCCAAUUGCGGCCGAACUGGGAGGAGAAGCCAGUUCCACCACCCACCACUGAGCUCCAUGUAUUCCACGCUUUACAAUUAUCUCAAGUUUGUCCACAGCCUAGACUGUGGGACAAAAGCUCGCAGACGCGAAUAUUAGCUACAUAGCACAAGAGCUGUGACUCUAUAUUGGUUUGCAUAGCCGACUUCUCUAGUUGGCUCUGACUGUUUAUUGUGGUGCCACCUUUUCGCAGCACCAUCACCCCGCUAUGGGUACUGAACCAGGGCCAAAUGCCAAUGCUGCCUCGAGCCAUUCACCAUCGGCAACGAGCCCUUCCUCUGAAGCAACCAGGAAGAACUGCAUCGGCGCCCAAGCGGCUGAUAAUGCCAAGCCAAGUCGUCUCCCACUGCCACGGCAAACGUCAACUAUCAAGGCAGCCGACGUGCGCGCAAGAUUUCGGGAAGAUGUAUAUGGCCAUCAUGAGCAUACCAUUCAUAGUUACAGGAACCGUGGAAAGUCUUUCAAGAUGACCCGCCAUCUCAAAGAGCAGCAGAUACGGCACGUGGCAUCAAACUGGUUCAAAAGGCUGCGAAAGGAGACAGCAGAUCCUGCUGUUGCGCAAAACAUAUCCGGUCCGGCUCACGUCCUCGCCCGUAAAUACGGUAAAUGCGGCGAUGUGCUAGGAUGGGGUGCCUUUGGUACGGUCCGCGUUUCAUACAAGAUCGACGAGAAGAAUCCAAGUAGCACGCAAGUCUUUGCAGUAAAAGAGCACAAGCAGCUUGAAGGAGAAUCAGAGGAAAAGUACCACAGGCGCGUAGUUUCAGAAUUCUACAUUUCAUCGUCGCUACAUCACCAAAACAUCCUCGCUACUUUGGAUCUUCUGCAGGACGACAAGGGCGUGGAAUGCCAGAUUAUGGAGUACUUUCCAGGCGAGGAAUUGCACUCAGUUGUCCUGCAUGCUGGUGCCCUCGAAGAAACAGAAGCUGAUUGUUUCUUUAAGCAGUUGAUACAAGGACUAGUGUAUAUGCACGAAAUGGGCGUGGCGCAUCGCGACCUCAAGCCUGAGAACAUCCUCCUUACUACGAGUGGGUUAGUCAAGAUCAUCGACUUUGGGAAUGCCGAAUGUUUCCGUGCAGCCUGGGAGACAGAAGCACGCAUGAGUUCUGGAAUCUGCGGCUCUUUGCCGUAUAUCGCUCCAGAGGAGUUUACACUCAAGGAAUUCGACCCCCGCCCUCUAGACGUGUGGGCUUGCGGUAUGAUCUACAUGGCCAUGCGAACUGGGGAGAAUCAGUGGCGCGCUGCACGACCGGAUGAAGAUGCAGAAUAUCAGCAAUACGUCGAAAGUCGCAAGACAGAAGCUGGCUACGAGCCGAUUGAAUGUCUGAGACGUCGCCAAUGCCGCAAUGUUGUUUACUCUAUCCUCGAACCUAGUCCCAUACGCCGUUUGACAGCCCACCAAAUUCGAUCGUCUGAAUGGGUUCAGCAGAUUCCGCUUUGCUGUGCAGACACGACAGACGACUAAACGUCGACGCAGCUGACUUGUUGCUGUCGCUUUUACUCGUUUGUGCGUUUUUUUCGAAUCAUGUAAACCAAAUUGAACCAAUGAUUAGAAAUUCUGUUAGUCGUUAUCAAAGCCAUACUAAGUAACAACUAUCUUACCCACAUACACUCAUUUGUUAAUUAAGCUGAGGCCACUGUUUCUAAGCAUUCCACCAAACUUAAACAGAAGAAUCUAAAAUACAAAUCAGCAA